UGUGCCUCGUCCACCACCACCAACCCACCUCUUGCCCAUCUUCGCUCAUUCUCCUCCUUUCUCCGCAAAUAUCAACUGAAUUUUCUGGACCCCACCCUGAACAUGGCCCCCGACCAAGCGUACCUCGCGCACAUCCUCGCGCAGACCCGCGCAAACAUAGACUUCCUCGCAGCGCACAACCACAUUUCCCCUACAGAUGCUGACCUCAUGCGCAACCGGCUGCCUUCUGCGAACGCAGCCAGCGCACUUCCUAUCGAGGAGAUGAACAACCUCUCUGUCGCCGCACCUGGUCGCCGCGCAGUCCCACCUCCCCCGCCUCGCUCCGCCCCGGCCCAGCGUGCCCGCGCUGUCUGGGCGUACAACGAGGACGGUUCGGAACCGAACGACCUCUCCUUCUCGUCCGGCGAGAUCGUCGAAAUCACCGACGAAACCAAUGGCGACUGGUGGACCGGUCGGUGCCGCGGCCGCCAGGGCCUCUUCCCCUCCAACCACGUCGAAAAAAUCGACAGCGCCGCCCCCUCGCACGUUCCCCCGCGCAUGCCCACCGCUUCGCCCGUGUACCAGCCCGCUUACCAGCCCGCGUAUGCCCCGCCGCCUCCUCAGUCAUAUGCGCCUCCGCAGCCGUACGCCGCGGGCCCGCCGCCCGCAGAGAAGCCCGUGUACCGCCCGUUCGGCGCGGUCUACGCAGGCCAGGACCAGCCUCCGCCCGUGGCUGCGCCCGCCCCGGCGAACUCGGUUGGGCUGCAGCAGGAUCCGGGACAGGCGAAGAAGAAGAGCAAGUUCGGGGGGCUCGGGAACACGAUGGCGAACUCCGCAGCCGGUGGCGUCGGCUUUGGUGCGGGCGCUGCGAUCGGCGGUGGUCUCGUCAACGCCAUCUUCUGAGCUGUCCACCAUGCCGGGUCGACGAUGCCCGAGGAUCCUCUUCGUCUCCUGGUUUCGCUCAAUCUACUACCUCUGCUUCUCAACGCAUUUAUAUCUGUGUAAUGGUGACUGACGGACGGACUCUCGUGGUUUACGGUAAUGAUGACCUGCACAAGUAAGCUAGACAAUGGAAUCAAUGAUGCGCAGGCUAGCAGGCAUGAGACGAUGUAAG